GACGUUAACGGAUACUAUUAGCUCAGAUACAAUAUAUGCAAUGGCUGCAAUAUUAUUCUCAUUAAGUUUUAUUUUCCAUGAUUACGCCAUGAAUGCCCCCGUAGUUUCAAUGGCUGUGUCAAUGAAUCUGUGUCUAGCAGCUUCGGUUUGCUUAAUAUCUCGUAUAAAAUCAAAUCAAACGGCCUUUUCUCUAUUAGUAAUAUCUAUUGCAUUUUUUUUCUACUGGCCCAUACUGAGGAAUGAAAUAUAUUUGUUGUGUCCAAAUGCGGCCAUUUUAUUGUUAAUUUUGUUGAGCCCACUAACUUUAUAUUUACUUUGUGAAUUUUCCACCGUCCUUGCUAUUGGUUAUUUAUUUUUUCACUUUUCCAUCCUUAUAAUUUGUCCAUGGAUUCUCAUCAAAAUGCAGCCCUUGAAAAGGUUGUUUCUUUUACUUUUAUUUAUAAAAAUUUUUAUUUCGAAAGAAAUUCAGAAAAUUCUAUCGCUAUAUUGUUCAUCCACCACUAAUUUUAUUUAUUAA